UUUUUUUUUCUUUCUCCCUGAGUCUUAUUAAUUUCUCUGUGGGGCUGCGGCUGGAGACCGUGGAGCGCUGGAUAUGACGCUCGGAGCUUUAAUUACCGCAAUGGCUGGACAAGUGUGAGGAAAGCUGACAGGGGGAAAAAAAAAGGGGGACAAGAUCGAAGAGAAGCAAAGAAGCACCCCCACCCCCCCAUCCCUCCUCCUUCUCCCUCUAGAUUUGGACAGGAGGUGCAAGGAGACUGAAGAGAGAGCUGAACAUAGCCCGGCUUGGGGGGAGAGGCCGGAACCCUGCCGCCUCUUUGCAAUCAACUUUUUUUGGAAGCCUGUUUUUUUUUUCUUCCCCCCUCUUUCUUUUUAUUGUUGACCAACCAGUGAGAGAGAGAGAGGAGAGGGGGAGCGAGCGAGCGAGAAAGUGAGGAGGGUGCGAGCGAGCGAGCGAGCGGAGGAGCACUCACUCGGGGAAAUAGCUGCACAGUCCUGCCUGGAGCAGCAGCCGCACAGUCGCGCACACUCCCACCCGGGCGCACUCUCCCUCCCGCGGUCCCUCGCCGGGUCCCCGGGUCCCCGGGCCCUGGAAGCCACCGGCACCGACUCGCUCGCCAGCCCCGGGGAGCCCGUGCCCCGCGCGCGCCGCGCCCGCCCCCCUCGCGCCCCCCACGCGCUCCCGGCAGAAGAGGGGGGGGGAAAAAGAGAGAGAGAAAAAAAAAAAUCUCCUCCGCGUGCCCGCAAGGGGCUAUGCCAUUUGGACAUGUAAUUGUCAGCGCGGGAUCUGAGACUUGCCAAAAAUGAAGCUGGCGACGGGACUGUGGGUCUGGGGGAGCCUUCUGGUGGCCACGGGGACCGUCCAGCCCAGCGCUUCUCAGUCAGUGUGCGCAGGAACAGAGAAUAAACUGAGCUCUCUCUCUGACCUGGAACAGCAGUACCGAGCCUUGCGCAAAUACUAUGAAAACUGCGAGGUAGUCAUGGGCAACCUGGAGAUCACCAGCAUCGAGCACAACCGGGACCUCUCCUUCCUGCGGUCUAUCCGAGAAGUCACGGGCUAUGUACUGGUGGCCCUCAACCAGUUUCGCUACCUUCCUCUGGAGAAUUUACGAAUUAUUCGUGGAACAAAACUAUACGAAGAUCGCUAUGCGUUAGCGAUAUUCCUAAACUACAGAAAAGAUGGCAACUUUGGACUUCAGGAACUUGGAUUGAAGAACCUGACUGAAAUUCUAAAUGGUGGCGUCUAUGUAGACCAGAACAAAUUCCUGUGUUAUGCUGAUACCAUACACUGGCAAGAUAUCGUUCGGAACCCAUGGCCUUCCAACAUGACUCUGGUGUCAACAAAUGGAAGCUUCGGAUGUGGAAGAUGCCAUAAGUCUUGUACUGGCCGAUGCUGGGGACCCACAGAAAAUCACUGCCAGACCUUGACAAGGACUGUGUGUGCUGAACAAUGUGAUGGCAGGUGCUAUGGACCCUACGUUAGUGACUGUUGCCAUCGAGAAUGUGCUGGAGGCUGCUCAGGACCAAAGGACACUGACUGCUUUGCUUGCAUGAACUUCAAUGACAGUGGAGCCUGUGUUACUCAAUGUCCCCAAACGUUUGUCUACAAUCCAACCACCUUCCAGCUGGAACACAACUUCAAUGCAAAGUACACAUAUGGAGCAUUCUGUGUUAAAAAAUGCCCACAUAACUUCGUGGUAGAUUCCAGUUCUUGUGUGCGUGCUUGUCCGAGUUCCAAGAUGGAAGUAGAAGAAAAUGGGAUUAAAAUGUGUAAGCCUUGCACUGAUAUUUGCCCAAAAGCGUGUGACGGCAUCGGUACAGGAUCAUUGAUGUCAGCUCAAACUGUGGAUUCUAGUAACAUUGACAAAUUCAUAAACUGCACAAAGAUCAAUGGGAAUCUCAUCUUCCUUGUCACUGGGAUUCAUGGGGACCCUUACAAUGCAAUUGAAGCCAUAGACCCAGAGAAACUGAAUGUCUUUCGGACGGUCAGAGAAAUAACAGGUUUCCUGAACAUACAAUCUUGGCCUCCGAAUAUGACAGACUUCAGUGUUUUCUCCAACCUCGUCACCAUUGGAGGGAGAGUCCUCUACAGUGGUCUCUCUUUGCUUAUCCUCAAACAACAAGGCAUCACUUCCCUGCAAUUCCAGUCUCUGAAGGAAAUCAGUGCGGGCAACAUCUACAUUACCGACAACAGCAACUUGUGUUAUUAUCACACCAUUAACUGGACAACACUCUUCAGCACCAUCAACCAGAGAAUCGUGAUCCGAGAUAACAGAAGAGCUGAAAAUUGUACUGCUGAAGGGAUGGUGUGCAAUCACCUGUGUUCAAAUGAUGGCUGUUGGGGACCUGGGCCAGACCAGUGCCUAUCAUGCCGGCGCUUCAGCAGGGGGAAAAUCUGCAUAGAGUCUUGUAACCUAUAUGAUGGGGAAUUUCGAGAAUUUGAAAAUGGUUCCAUCUGUGUUGAGUGUGACUCCCAAUGUGAGAAGAUGGAAGAUGGACUACUCACAUGCCAUGGACCGGGACCAGACAACUGCACGAAGUGUUCUCAUUUUAAGGAUGGUCCAAACUGUGUGGAGAAAUGUCCAGAUGGCCUACAGGGAGCAAACAGUUUCAUUUUCAAGUAUGCAGAUCAGGAUCGGGAAUGCCACCCAUGCCAUCCAAACUGCACCCAAGGGUGUAACGGUCCCACUAGUCAUGACUGCAUUUACUACCCAUGGACGGGCCAUUCCACUUUACCACAACAUGCUAGAACUCCACUGAUUGCAGCCGGAGUCAUUGGCGGGCUCUUCAUCCUGGUCAUCAUGGCUCUGACAUUUGCAGUUUAUGUCAGAAGGAAGAGCAUCAAAAAGAAACGAGCCUUGAGGAGAUUCCUGGAGACAGAGCUGGUAGAGCCCUUAACCCCCAGUGGCACGGCACCCAAUCAAGCUCAACUACGUAUUUUGAAGGAAACGGAACUGAAGAGGGUAAAAGUCCUUGGCUCGGGAGCUUUUGGAACCGUUUACAAAGGUAUUUGGGUGCCUGAAGGUGAAACAGUGAAAAUUCCUGUGGCUAUUAAAAUCCUCAAUGAGACAACUGGCCCCAAAGCCAAUGUGGAGUUCAUGGAUGAAGCUCUGAUCAUGGCAAGCAUGGAUCACCCACACCUAGUUCGCUUACUGGGUGUGUGUCUGAGCCCCACCAUCCAGCUGGUUACCCAGCUGAUGCCCCAUGGCUGCCUGCUGGACUAUGUCCAUGAACACAAGGAUAACAUAGGAUCACAGCUGCUGUUGAACUGGUGUGUCCAGAUUGCUAAGGGAAUGAUGUACCUGGAAGAAAGACGCCUUGUUCAUCGGGAUCUGGCAGCCCGUAAUGUCUUAGUAAAAUCCCCAAACCAUGUGAAAAUCACAGACUUUGGACUAGCCCGACUCUUGGAAGGAGACGAAAAGGAAUACAGUGCUGAUGGUGGUAAGAUGCCAAUUAAAUGGAUGGCUCUGGAAUGUAUACAUUAUAGAAAAUUCACUCAUCAAAGUGAUGUUUGGAGCUAUGGUGUCACAAUAUGGGAACUGAUGACCUUUGGAGGAAAACCCUACGAUGGAAUUCCAACCCGAGAAAUCCCGGAUUUAUUAGAGAAAGGAGAGCGUUUGCCUCAACCUCCCAUCUGUACUAUUGACGUUUACAUGGUCAUGGUCAAAUGUUGGAUGAUCGAUGCUGACAGCAGGCCUAAAUUCAAGGAACUGGCUGCUGAAUUUUCAAGGAUGGCUAGAGACCCUCAAAGAUACCUGGUCAUUCAGGGUGAUGAUCGUAUGAAGCUUCCCAGUCCAAAUGACAGCAAAUUCUUCCAGAAUCUUUUGGAUGAAGAGGAUUUGGAAGAUAUGAUGGAUGCUGAGGAAUAUUUGGUCCCCCAGGCUUUCAACAUCCCUCCUCCAAUCUACACGUCCAGAGCAAGAAUUGACUCUAAUAGGAGUGAAAUUGGACACAGCCCUCCUCCUGCCUACACCCCCAUGUCGGGAAAUCAGUUUGUGUACCAGGAUGGGGGCUUUGCUACACAACAAGGAAUAGCCAUGCCCUACAGAGCCACAACCAACACCAUACCAGAAGCUCCAGUCGCUCAGGGUGCAACAGCUGAGAUGUUUGAUGACUCCUGCUGUAAUGGCACCCUACGCAAGACAGUGGCACCCCAUGUCCAAGAAGACAGUAGCACACAGAGGUAUAGUGCUGACCCCACGGUGUUUGCCCCAGAACGGAACCCACGAGGUGAACUGGAUGAAGAAGGCUACAUGACUCCCAUGCGUGACAAACCCAAACAAGAAUAUCUGAAUCCUGUGGAAGAAAACCCUUUUGUGUCACGGAGAAAAAAUGGAGACCUUCAAGCUUUAGAUAACCCGGAAUAUCACAGCGCUUCCAGCGGUCCGCCCAAGGCGGAGGAUGAGUAUGUGAAUGAACCACUCUAUCUCAACACCUUCGCCAACGCCUUGGGGAACGCCGAGUACCUGAAGAACAGCGUACUGUCUGUGCCCGAGAAAGCCAAGAAAGCAUUCGACAACCCCGACUACUGGAACCACAGCCUGCCACCCCGGAGCACCCUUCAGCACCCAGACUACCUGCAGGAAUACAGCACAAAGUAUUUUUAUAAACAGAACGGACGGAUCCGCCCUAUUGUGGCAGAGAAUCCUGAGUACCUCUCUGAGUUCUCACUGAAGCCAGGCACUAUGCUGCCCCCUCCGCCCUACAGACACCGGAAUACUGUGGUGUGAGCUCAGCUGGGGUAUUAGGUGGAGAGACAUGCCCACUCCAUUCCCUCCCCCUACACACACCCCUGCUCUUUCUCUGGUGGUCUUCUUCCUUCUCCCAAGGCCAGUAGUUUUGACACUUCCUAAUGGAAGGUGUAGAGACGCAAUGAUAGUUCUGUGCUUACCUAACUUGAACAUUAGAAGGAAAGACUGAAGGAGAAAGACAGGAAGACACACACUGUUUCUUCGUUUCUUCAUAUGGGUUGGUCAACAGUGUCAGAGCUAGAGAAGGCCUAGGGUAUAUAAAGCAGUACUGCCUGCUGUCAGAGUCCCAGCAUUAACUUGUACAUUCUCUCUCCCUCCUUCAUUCCUUCCCUUUCUCCUAUCAAUGCAGGUGAUUGAAAACCCAGACUCCAUUCUCAUCUGCAUCCAUAGACUUGUGCAUAUUCAGCAUCCCUAAAAUCAUACAAAAGCUUUCAUUAGAACAAAAGGAUGAACAUUUGGAUCCCAUUUGAUAGUAACUGAGAUUGAGAAGCCAAUUUCUUUCUCCAAUAGUUUCUUUCCUGGCAAGGAAGAAUGGCCAACCCAGCUUUUAUAAUUUUUAAAUCUCCAUUAUAGUUAUAACUAGUAAUUAUGCAUAGAAGGCCUCUCUGGUGUUCCCAUUUUGGUUUGCUUUGGCCUGUUCCUUUAUAUUAGUUCCUCUCCUAUUUUGGGCUGUAGUUUCUAGUUACGAAGAUAUUUACAUAAAAGCUUCUUGACAAAGUUGAAACACACACACACAGACACACACACACACAAAAAAAAAUUAUAUGAUGUAGAGGCCAUUAUUUUAAAUCAUGCAGUCAUUUAAAUUAGAAGAGAAAGCCAAGAUACUAAUAAAAAUAGCAUCAAAUCUAGAUUUCAUGUUUUGCACUACUGAAUUUAUUCUUCCCAGUCAUUUUCAUUCUUUAGCAUUUUAUUUUUCGCCAUAAAUGACUGUCUUUGAUGGGCAGUGGUAAUCUUCAGAGUAGAAGGGAUGCUAAGAAACAGUUCUGUGUGGUUCAAAAAAACUACUGAUACUUUCAGGGGUGGUCCCAUGGGGGAUCCAUGCAGUGGAAGAAACACUGGAUUGGGUACGUCUACAUGGAAGGUACUCAGAAAUGUAGUUUGCACUUAAGCUCUAAUUUUAUUUGCUCUUUUUCUGAACUCUACUUUGGAUUUUGAAUGAAGCAAUAUGGAAGCAACCAGCAGAUUUAAGUACAUUUUUUUAAAGGAUCUAAGAUAAAUACAGACUGUGGAAAUGCCAAACCAAGCCAACUAGGACUUUGGAACAGUACCCAGGGAUUGCGGUGAGAGGGCCAGCACAUUAUCUUCAUACUCUGUGACAUUUGCUGUGUAAGGAAGUAUGUUAAGUUUGUACUCUCUGUGUGAAGGAAUGCAAGUUGAGGACUGGCUUGAAAUCCAUGGAAUUUCUAGAACGAGACUCUGUUUAUAUGGAGUAGAAGGUAGCUUAACUCUUCCCACCUAAGUUGCUAUAAUUAAAAGUAAAUCAUAAACAUUUGGAGCAUAUGAACAGGUCCAUGAUUGAGUUAAAAGUUGUAAAUAAACAUGAAAACCCUUCUCAUGCAAUCAUUUUAUCAUCCAAUACAUUAAUCUUGUAAUAAUUUAUGUAAUGACUCUUCAUCUACUACCAUACUAUGUCCCAGUUGUGGAACCAUCUCUUUUAGCUUUCAUUUGAAAAGAACACCUAUGGUGUUAAGAUGACUGAUGGGAACAAUGACAGAUGAAUCUCUAGGAAUUAAGGAAACCUAGUACUUCGCUCUUUUCUACAAAAUUCUUCUCUGAGUCAUUUACAUUGUUUUAAACAUUUCUUUCUACUGUUAUUUUAUUAAGAGACAAUUAGACUCACUAGCCUAAAAAAAAUCAAUUAGAUUAAACAUUUUCUUGUUAAAACAGAGUGCUUAAGGGAGAAAUUUUUUCAAGGACGUUUAUGUUUCUACCUAUUUUGAAAGAGUAAAUCCAUCCAUCCAAAUCUAGAUUUAUUCAAUUGAUAUUUGUUUAAAGUCUACUAAAAGUAUGUGGGGGAGCAGUCAGAUAAAUGAGAUAUCAUCUCUGACUUCAAAUGCUAACAAUCUAGAUUUAUAUCCUGUGACAUUCUUAUUUCUCCAUGAGUCCAAGGAACCAGGUCACAUUAACUAUUUGUGAAAGGCUUUACAGAACAGGUUUUUAGUAAAAGUUCUGAGAACUCAUUGGGAUGUAAGUUAAACAUCCUUUAAACUACUGAAGAUGACAAGUACAAUCACUUCUAUGUUCUUAUCCAGACACAAACUUGACCAGAAAAAUAUGGUAUCACUGGCAAAGUGACAGUCUUACUAUGAAAGCAGCAGCAAAUGGUGAUCUUUGGCCAAACCUCUUAAAUGUGUUGGGUUUGGCCUCUUCUUAUACUAAGAGAAGUGAAGCAAAUUGAAAAUGGGAACUAGAGACAGGAGGAGGGUUUGUGAGAUCUUGUCUAGUGAAGUCUAACCCUAAAUUUACUAGAGAUAAAGACAUAGCAUGAUCCAAGGGCCGCAGCUUUAAAACCCAAAGCUCCCCAACCCAAUUCAGAGGCAUCUACAAGAAAAGAGACCUUGUAUAGGUCCCUAUUAAGUAUGAAGAGCUGAAAUGUAAGCCUUUGCUAGUAGAUAAAUCUAUGCCUACCCAUCGCUGGCAGCACCUUUGGAAAGUUGUCCUGACCUUUUCUCUUCGUUUACAAUAUUCAUAUGGCUUCUAGUGGGAAUAGGAAAGCAGACUCUUUUUUUGUAAAAGAAAGAAGAUAAUCUCUUAACUGUUAAAGUAAUGGAAACAUAGUCAGUGAAUGCUGUCUCUUUCCUCCUUAGAAGCACAAGAUUCACAGUUCUACACAUCUGCCCCUGGAGACAGAUGCCGGAGAAAUUGAGAAUGACCCCUAAAUGCCAUUUUAUCAUUCCUUUUUUUAGUUUUGACUACCUAGGGGGAAAUUAUUCAAGAGUGGACUAAAGGGACAGCAAACAGGGAUUGUGAGGAGGGCUUUCAUUUACUUAAGAGAAUAACCUGUUUAACCUGGUAAACUGAAAUUGUAAGAUACUAGUUAAAGCCUACAGAUUGCUAUGGAAUAUCAGGUGAUAGUCAUCAGCAGCACCAAUCAGAAUAUGCAGAAUCAAUUUGAAAGACUCAGUAAAAUUAAUGUUAAAAUUAAGCUUACUAUAUUUUUUUUUAAAUCGUCAAAUUGUAAUGAUCAUGCUUAAGUUUGGGGAAUCUAAUUUUCAGGCAGGGUAAUUUUUUUUUCUUUUUUGGUGAAAUACUUAUUUAAGGAAGCUAUUCUUAAACAGAUGAGAAAAAAUAUCCUCUAAGUCAGGAGAGGUUCAGAGUCACCAAAACGCUGCAGCUCAAGCAAGAAGCUAGUCCUGGUUUUCUGAAUUACAUUGGUAGCACAGGUUAGGAUGUGGUUCUUUCUCUCUAGAAGCAUUCUUGAAACUGUGAAAAACAAUGCACAUUUCAAACUAUUAAAAACACAAAAUGGAAGAUCAAAGACUUAGUAAAAGUCUGUUUUUUUUGUAAGUCAGGAAGAAUGGCUGACUAGCUCUAACUUGAAAGAAGAAAUUGGAGGGGGGGCAGCUGAUAAGUAUGUCAUUUUCAUGUGUUACACCUUUUGAUAAUGGCACAUAUUGGCAAUGGUGGGGAAAGGAUAGUAGAAAGAUAUGAGGCUUUGCUGAUACAUGGGGUUGGUGGAUGAUCGAUGUGUUUUCUGAGAUGUCAAACUAGAAAUAAAAAUGUUUUUAUGCCUGACACAGAAGGAUGUAAAUAUAAGAUUCUUUUGAACAGUCUAACCUUUAUUUAAAAACUGGAAUUCUUUGUCCAUCUGUAAUUGUUGAUUAUUUAACUAGUACAUGUAGUUCACAAGGUAAAAAAAAGAAAAAAAGUGACCAUGAAAGCAUGUGUAUAACUGGACACAAUCAUGCCAAUGCCGUGAGACGUAGAAUUAGUUAGGUUAUCAAACGUUAAAUGCUUUUAAUAUUAAGAAGAAAUCAAACUAGAAAAUUAAUCAUGAAAUAUAAAAUAACACAGUAAAAUUCAGACUAUGAAAAUGUAGGGUGGGUUUUGCAUAGAAAAUAAAAAAUAAGUUUGCCAUUUAAAAUGGUUGGUUGUUGGUUGGGUUUAGCAGAUAGUUGACAUAGUGUGGUUUCAAUUGUGAAAACUUGCUUUAGAGCACUACAGAUGAUUUUUCUCUUGUUCUCCUAUUCUUUCAUUACAUUUAAAAUGUAUUACGUACAAAGAGGAUGCAGAAAGGGAUUGCUUUGCAGACAUCAAUUUGAAGUGCUUUAACAGGCAGAUAAACCACAUGUGAGGUUAAGAGAUCUUCCAAAUGAGUAAAGGAAAUGAAAAGGGUCUAUAUUACCUUCUAUAGAUGCAAAACAAACAGCAACAAAAUGAGUGUUAUCAUUUAGAAAGCAAACACAACAUAUUUAAUUUGUGACAUGUCUUUUCUUUUCUCACCAUACCUUCUUGCCUACAUAACCAAUAUGGAACCCAUUACCUUUUUUUGUUUUGUUUUGUUUGUUUUUGAUAAGUAGAUGCUGAAGCAAAAAUUCUAAACUAUUAAAAAGGUGUUCUUUUGGACUCUUGUUUUUUAACUGUUGGUUCAUUAUGAGGCAAAUGAGAAAUCCAAAACAACAGCUACUAACAGUUAAAAGGUCAGACAAACCAACUUCUACUGCAUAUAACAUGGGCAGAGAGUCUGGCUGUGCUUCUGUGAGGCUGCAGGACAGUCUUGUCCUUCUGUAGACAUGUCAAGGCAUGUGGUUGUCUCCUGCUGACCAUCUGCUCAAGAAAAAAAUGACAUGUGAAUAUGAAUGUGAAUCAGGCAUAAUUUUAAAAGAUCAUUGGCAGUUGAGACCUUCUUUUUGUUGACACUAAGAUGAGGUCAACAUUCACGUGUCUGGAUAGAAUCAACACAAUUUUUCUAAACUUAGAGAUGCCUUUGAAGGAUUUCUCUCCGCUGUUAUGAGCACAAAGACACUGUGGACAUUGUAUGGGAUCAGGUGCCCUUGCAUUUGUAUAUAUAAAACCUUCUAACAUCAGAGGCUGCUUUGUUCCUUUCUUUAAGUGAAAGCAUCAUAAAAUAAUAAGAAUUUCAGAUUCUUGCUCAUCAAGUCCCACUGAUUAAAUGUACAAUAGAUAGGAUGUUUCCCUUGCAGAUCCCUGUCUCACCUCACUCCUGGCCAAGAGAUGGUUUAGGUAAAAGAAAAUGCUUCUAGAGUCAUAGGCUGAAAAGACUAUAUAAGCCCCAAUUUCAAGGAGCAUUCACAUGUCUCCCCUGGAAGGAAAUUCCUUGAAAGUUAGCUUUGCAAGUGAGUGAUCACCUUAUCAGAGACACAGAAAAUUUUAUUUGCCUCUGAGUCUCAGAGGAAAGUGGCACCUUUGCUUUUCCGUCCCCCACUUGCACAAUGCCUUUUUCUGUUUGAUUUUCUGUCACUAGUUCAAAGUGGCUCUCCUAAGGCUGUCGCUUUCUCAAGCCAUAGUGGAUCUAUGAAGACCCACAUCCUCUUCUGUGAAAUACUGACCUAGCCUUUGCCCUCAAAUGCCUGAUUUUUUUUCCAUUAAAAUAUUCAACCACUCUAGAUGGUAGUAAACUACUUCUCAAACAAAAGACAGCACAAAAAAAUUAUUUAAGAAGCUAAAAUUGUUUUUCCAUGACAAUUGAUUCUCUCACUGUGGACUUCUCUGUAGGAAUUUGAGAUAAGUUAGCUCUGUAAUGAGUCUCGAAACUCAUGUUGUGUGUACAUGCACCUCUAGAUCUUACCUUUACUCUUUCCAUGAAAACUGUGUAUGUGUAGAUAGUUUUAUGUGUACAUAUAUAUAUAAAACUAAGUUAUUGCAGCCGACUAACUUAUUUACUUUGAUCACUUUAUUUUAUUCCUGAUUAUAAAUAUUUUACAGCUGCUAGAUUUUUCUUUCCCAGGUGAGGAGUGUUAUUAUCACAAAAGUAGAGGCAAUUCACCUUUAAGAACCUUCUCUGGGUUUGGUUGAACAUCCAUCCAUCUAACACAUUUAUAACAAGCACCAUGUCACUGUAAUGAAAGCCCACGUCGACUGACAGAAUUAUACUUUCUCUACAAGGAAAUUUUUCUUUUAAUGCUUUAGUGUGCUCUCCCCCAUGUCAUGCGAAGUGUUUAUAUUUGUAUAAAUAUACAAACACAGGAAAACAAGAUUUCAUACCUGUAGACAAUAGUCCAGUUUGUCCAAACCAAUUCGUCUUUCUUGCUAUUUUUAUCCCUAAUGUGUUGAUGUUUCCCCUGGCCUGUUGCCCCGUUGAAGACUAGCAAACCCUACCUUCUAUCGAUUGACAGAAACCUGACUUUCAAGUUUCAUUUUCUGUGUUUUUCAGUUAAUGGAGGGGUUGUACCAUUUUCCUUAAUGUGAGAGUCAUAUCCCUGUAUAGUUCUGGAUCUCUCAGGGGCUGGGAGUGGGGAGUGAGAGUAACACCCACAACACUCCAAGAACCCUUUUGGAAUUAUUCCAGUAAUCAGCUAUGAAAGUAAUUUUCUAAAUGUAGAUAGAUACAUGUAAGCCGUUCUUUUAAAGUAAGGUACUUUGAAAUAUGUAGCAUAAACUGGUACUGCUGUUAAAUGGGUCGACUCUUAAACUGAGCAGCUGUGCAAGGGCAGCUAACUUUGAAUGCUCACCUUACUGGCCGGCUUGCGUCCACCUCAUCAUGGGAGCACCAAGGCCUGCAUGGCCGCACACUGACAGUGCAUUUUCCCAUGCUCUGGCUGCUUGAUCAGUCUCAUUUCUGAGUAUCACUAGAAUAGGAUCAAAUAUAAAUGAGAUUCAUGUGCAAGACAAUUCAUGGCACACACACAAAACUAGGUCACAUUAAAUCUCUCAAAAUUCAUCUCAUGCACGCAUCACAGUAGUUAAAUAAGAGAGUUUGGGUGAGAAAGGGAGACAAUUUGCAGAAAAGGCAGAGUUGCGCUCAUUUCCUUAUUUUUUGACUUGUAAACAGAAAAUGAGUCCUCUUUCCUCUGAAGUAUCAUCAAAGGACAGGGCUGAAAAAAAAAAUAACUCGCUGGUAGCCAUCGAUGUUUCAUUUCAAACCCAGCAUUCAAAGUUAGCUGCCUUUUUGAAAUAAACAAACAAAAAAUACUACUGUAUGUUUGAAAAUGUGAAUAGUAUUUUUAUAGCUUGUUAAAGACAUGGCUAGCUGCAUUUGUAAAUAAGGAUAAUGUUGCUUUGAUUUUCUUCUGUGAACAUCUUUAUUUGGAACAUAAUUGUCUUUAGGGUUCAUUUGUAUAUAAGUAAUUGGCUUGUGAUUGUUUCUUUUUUGGUUGGAAGUUAUCAUUUUGACAUUACCUGUGAUUCUGUGUUCAGCACUAUUGUGAUGUGUCCAACCUCUGCACUCGCUUACACAAUAGGAUAUGCCGAUUGUGUGUGGUGAAAUGUUAUUUUCAUUUUUUUUCUAUGUUAUCUAUGAAGGAUUGUGCACUUAACACAUACUAACUUUUUUAAUGUUAGGUAUAUUUUUAGUAUAAUUUUCCUAUUCUUUCUUCUCCUCCAACCCUUCAACCUCUUCUCCCUCCUGCCCCGACUUUCUGUUGUUAUUGAGGACAAGGGAGAAACUGUAUUUUAAAUUGAUGUAAUUAGGCUUUUUGAGUUAGUUCUCAAGGAUCCUCUUCUGACUCUUGGGAAAGAAUUGUGCCUGCCCAAGGCACGUAUAGAAUGCGACUGCUUUGCCUCAUUCCAUACUGAUCAUCCCAGCUGAACAAUUUGAAAACUGUUCUGCCUUUUUGUUACAUGAAUCUGUCAGAAAUAUAUUUUUAAUUUAAUAUAAAUGAAAUUCAAUAAAAUAUGAAACAAAUGUU